CCCACGCUUCCACGUUGAACCAGAGGCGUGCUGAAAGCCGUGGGUGGAACUGUGUGGUCACGUGGUGGCGGUCACAUGACCGGCAGAGACAGGAAGAGAGCCGUCGUGCUCCCGCUGCCCUGAGAGCACCAGGCUGUUAUCGGUAGAGUGAAAACACGGGCCACUCUCAACGUGAGCUGUGUCAUUGACUUGUUGUUUAUAAAAAAGGACAUGGCUGCGACACCACACGAGGACUUCUCAGAACGAGAAAGUCUGACCAACUCCGUGACCCACUACGGCUCCACGGACAGCGGCGGCGAGCCCGACCGUUGUGACCACAACCACCGGUUUCCCACGGCGAUGGCAGGUCAUUGGGUCGGGGCUGGCCAGGAAGAGGAAGCCAUUCGCAGGAAGUUGAAAUACUUCUUCAUGAGCCCGUGUGAUAAAUACCACGCCAAGGGCCGCAAGCCUUACAAGCUGAUCCUGCAGCUGCUCAAGAUCAUCAUUGUCACAGCUCAGUUGGUGCUGUUUGGCCUCAGUAACCAGGUGGUGGUGACCUUCAAGGAGGAGAACACGGUGACCUUCAAACACCUCUUCCUCAAAGACUACGACGAGUCCUCCUACGACUCCUUCGCUGUUUACACGCAGGAGGACGUCUACGAACACCUGUUCUACGCCGUGAAGAAGUACCUGACCUUACCAGAGACCACAGUGGGGCGCUACGCGUACGUCUACAGUGACAACGGCAGCGCGCUCUCCCUCUGCCAACAGUACUACAAGAAGGGAAGCAUCGACCCGGCCAAUGACACCUUCAGCAUAGACCCUCACAUCAGGACAGAGUGUGUUGGCGUGGACCCGCCCGCGGUCCUGCCGACGGUCCCUCAAGCUCCGCUCGCCAGCUACAUGAACUUCACCCUCAAGUUCCACAAGCUUAUUAACGUCACCAUAGAGUUCAAGUUGAAGGCGAUCAAUAUACAGACCAUCAUCAACAACGAGAUCCCGGACUGCUACACUUUCCACAUAACGAUAGUCCUGGACAACAAGGCUCACAGCGGCAAGGUGAAGAUCCGCUUAGAGAACCAGGCUUCCAUCAAGGAGUGUAGAGACCCCAGCGUCUCUGGACACGCGGAGAACUACACGCGUCUGGCCUUCGACGUCGCCGUGGCCCUGGUGUGCGCGCUGUCGCUGGUGCUCUGCGGACGCUCCAUACUGCGAGGCGUCACGCUGCAGCUGGAGUUCGUGCAGUUCUUCAGGGAGACCCUGGAUCGAAAGGUGUGCUGGGCGGACCGCAUGGAGUUCAUCAACGGAUGGUACAUCCUCCUCAUCGUCAGCGACAUCUUCACCAUCGCCGGCAGCGUCAUCAAAGUGGGCAUCGAGUCCAAGAACAUGUCCUCGUAUGACCUGUGCGGCAUCCUGUUGGGGACCUCCACGCUCUUGGUGUGGGUCGGGGUGAUCCGCUACCUCACCUUCUUCCAGAAGUACAAUAUCCUCAUCGUGACGCUCCGAGCGGCGUUCCCCAACGUGAUCCGCUUCUGCUGCUGCGUGGCCGUCAUCUAUCUGGGCUACUGCUUCUGCGGCUGGAUCGUGCUGGGGCCGUACCACGUCAAGUUCCGUUCUCUGUCCAUGGUGUCCGAGUGCCUCUUCUCCCUCAUCAACGGGGACGACAUGUUCGUGACGUUCGCGGAGAUGCAGGAGACCAGCACCCUGGUGUGGCUGUUCAGCCAAGUGUACCUGUACACCUUCAUCUCCCUCUUCAUCUACAUGGUGCUGUCGCUGUUCAUCGCGCUCAUCACAGGCGCCUACGAGACCAUCAAGCACCAGACACAGGAAGCUCUCCACAUCACAGACCUGCACGCCUUCAUAGCCGAGUGUACGGACGCACCCAGCUCCGGGAAGUUCAGAGGCCUGGAGACCUCGCCGUGCUCCUUCUUCUGCUGCUGUGACCGAACGACGACCUACGAGGACGUCCUGCUGGUGAACUGAAGUCGACCUCAGAAGCCUCAGCGCGCAACACCCCCCCCCCCCAGUACACUGCACACUCCGGCUGCCCAUCAUCUCUGAACCCGCACGCCGUAUUUCUGGUCAAACCUUUUGAUCAGCAGCCACCAUCAGAUGGACCAGCAGGAAGGACUGCGGGACAAUCACCUCCUCAUCGCCUGUGAAGAGGACGGGACCGGACUGGGCAGCAUGGUGGAUGACCAGUGCCCAUGAACUUCUCCAUUUCUUGUUGGUUUUUAAAGGAACACCAGUUCCCGGUGUAUUUAAUGCUGAAACAGGAGCGCGGCAUAUUUAUAAGUUAUUCCGUGGGCCCACAGGGUGCUGACUGAUUUGAUUUUUGUGUGUUUUAUUUUAUUCUAUAGUAUUUUAACAUAGGUCACCUCCUGAGGAACAACUUUGGAAUCUUACCACUCCACAACGGGACAUGUCAACUCACACUGAGAGAGGGGAGGAAUCCGCCUCGUCGUAGUCCCGUCUUUUUUGAGACAGUCGAGAAGAGACUGAGACGUGUGCCAGACGUGUGGCGUGAGGUUUCAGAUCAGUUUUCUCUCUCCGCUAAAGCUGCCUGCUGCUUCAGAAAUAAAGUUUCAAUCUUUAGCAUUGCUUCUACCGCACAAGCACCAUGUUGCCUUCAGGUGUGAAUAUUAGUGUGCUGUGUAACGAUCGAUAUAAUGUCGCCAACGUAGCACAUAACAUCGCCUGCGUUAGCUGAGCUCCAGACUUGCAUACAUGUGUCUUUGAUAGUGUCCAAGUAUGUCAACGAGGUGAGACAUCACGCCGUAUCCCACUCGUUUUAAGAGACGGGUUUAGGGCAGAUGACGUGUUGUCAUCUCCUUAAUUAAUGUUGCGUCAAACUGAAUCAUGCUUUUUAGUCCCGUUUGUUUUAUUUGUUUUAUUGCAGUGACUUGAUCUUCAGUAGAAGCUCUGCUUGUCUUUGUAACGCACAAAACGCACAAUAUCCGAAAGAAGGCCAGCGGCAAAUGGUUUCUUCCAUGAAAAGACGGAUGAUCGCUGCUACAGGCACUCAUCACACAUUGUACAAUAAAUCUGCAUUGCGACUUUUAAGCUAAAUAUGCUGUUUGGUUUUGGAUCCAUGGAAAACGUGCCAAAACCCGUCAUCAGCCUUAACUUAUAUUUUAAUGUCAUGAAUGUGUGUGUGUAUAUAUAUAUAUAUAUAUAUGAUCUAGUAUUAGCUAGAUGUACCUUUCCUACAGUUUCAUGUUUUUGUCAAAGAAAUGAUCUGCAUUUCAAAGAAGUGCAAAUUGAUCUACUUGGUUUCAUUUGUAUCGCCGAUCUGCUGAUUUAAAUUUCCCGGAUCAUCUUUAAUAAUAAAACAGUGUUGUAUUUAA